GAAUCUCAAGCAUGUGAACUGCCUAAGUACAUAAAGAUUGUAGAAGUUGGGCCAAGGGAUGGAUUACAAAAUGAAAAGGUGAUAGUCCCAACUGAUAUCAAAAUUGAGUUAAUCAACCGGCUUUCCAAAACAGGCCUGCCUGCAAUAGAAGUGACCAGUUUUGUUUCAUCCAAAUGGGUGCCUCAGAUGGCAGAUCACAAAGAAGUAAUGAGGGGCAUUGAGCAGCAUCCUGGAGUCCAAUAUUCUGUUCUCACACCUAAUCUUCAAGGUUUUCAUUCUGCUAUUGCAGCAGGGGCUACAGAAGUCUCAGUAUUUGGUGCAGCAUCUGAAUCUUUUAGCAAAAUGAAUAUUAAUUGUUCAAUUGAAGAAAGCAUAGAAAAAUUUGAAGAAGUUGCUAAAUCUGCAAGAAAUAUGAAUAUUCCAGUGCGUGGGUAUGUGUCAUGUGCAUUGGGAUGCCCAUAUGAAGGAAACGUCGUACCUGCUAAAGUGGCAGAAGUAUCUAAGCGACUGUACAGUAUGGGUUGUUACGAAAUCUCUCUGGGGGAUACAAUUGGUGUGGGGACUCCUGGAAGUAUGAAAAGAAUGUUGGAAGCUGUUAUGAAAGAAAUUCCUCUGAGUGUCCUUGCUGUUCACUGUCACGACACGUAUGGCCAGGCGUUAGCCAAUAUCCUCACAGCCAUACAG